AUGUUCAGAAGAUCCUUCCACACCAGCCGUCUGGCCAAGAACUACGCAGACACCAUCAAGAACUUGAAGGUGACCAAGGACACGAAGGUGAUCUUCCAGGGCUUCACCGGCAGACAGGCCACGUUCCACGCGCAGCAGGCGCUGGACUACGGCACGCAGAUCGUCGGGGGCACAAACCCAAAGAAGGCCGGGGAGGUGCACCUGGGCAAGCCGGUCUUCGCCACGGUGGCCGAGGCCAUGAAGGAGACCGGGGCCACGGCCUCGGGCAUCUUCGUGCCUCCUCCGAUCGCCGCGUCGGCCGUGGCAGAGGCCAUCGAGGCCGAGAUCCCGCUCGUGGUGUGCAUCACCGAGGGCAUUCCGCAGCAGGACAUGUUGCGCAUCUCGCAGAUGUUGAAGACGCAGUCCAAGACCAGAAUGGUGGGGCCUAACUGCCCCGGAAUCAUUGCUCCGGAGCAGUGCAAGAUCGGUAUCAUGCCCCAGUCCAUCCACAAGAGAGGCCGCAUCGGAAUCGUGUCCCGGUCCGGAACCUUGACCUACGAGGCCGUUGCCCAGACCACCCAGGUCGGCCUGGGCCAGAGCUUGGUCAUCGGCAUGGGCGGCGACCCUUCCCCGGGCACCAACUUCAUCGACGCCCUCACCUUGUUUGUCAACGACCCGGAGACCGAGGGAAUCAUCAUGAUCGGCGAGAUCGGCGGUUCCGCCGAGGAGGAGGCUGCCGAGUACUUGAAGCAGUUCAACCUCACCAGAGACGUCCCCAAGCCCGUUGUCUCCUUCAUCGCCGGUGUCACCGCCCCUCCAGGCAGAAGAAUGGGUCACGCCGGCGCUUUGAUCUCCGGCGGCAAGGGUACCGCCCAGUCCAAGAUCGAAACUCUUUCCGCUGCCAGCGUCGAGGUCGUCCCCUCCCCAGGCAGAUUGGGCGCAGCCCUCUACCAGCAGUUUGUCGAUAGAAAACUCUUGUAA